AUGGAGUGCCCUGAGGGACGGCGCUGCAGUUCCUCAGAAAAUGAUUUAACACCGACUUCAACAUCAGAAGUAAUGAGCCUCCAAUAUUCCCAAACUGCCGUUUUCCAUGGAGCUGAAACUGCCGGCGGUCUUGGCGCCCAAACUGCCGGCGGUUUUGGCGCCCAAACUGAAGGCGGUCUUGGUGCCCAAACUCCUGCCGACUAUGGCGCCCAAGCUGAUGCCGCCAUCGGCAACCAGGCUGCUGCCAGAACCCCUCUGGAAAACUUACGAGAAGGGACAGAGAUGAGUAGAAGCCAGGAUGAACCUCCUUACGAAUUUGAGAAGCAGUUUAUAUUGCGUCUGCCUCUGGAACAUGCUUCUACUGCCAGAAAGAUAAUACGGUCUGGAAGUGCUGCCAUGAAGGAUAAACUGAAAAUUGACUUAUUGUCUGAUGGACGUCAUGCAGUUGUUGGGGUUGAAGAUGUCUCACUAUCUGCUAAGCUGGUUGAUUUGCCUUGUGUUGUUGAAAGCCUGAAAACUCUGGAUAAAACAACUUUUUAUAAAACGGCAGAUAUUUCCCAGAUGCUUGUGUGCACUGCUGAUGGUGGUGUCCACUCUCAUCCUGAAGAACCGGUUACCUCUACUGAUCUUAAAGCAAUCAGGAAAAGUAAAAAGGAGAGACAGAAAAAACAUAUCUGGAAGCAUGGCAUUACUCCACCACUUAGGAAUGUCAAAAAGAGAAGCUUCUGCAAAACAACAAAAGAGGUCACUGAUAUCAAACAAACUGAAGAAGUCAGCUUUCCUGAGCAUGUUGAACCUCCUGAUGUGGAAAAGGAAGUGAAAAGACUACUGCACUCAGAUGCUGAAGCUAUCAGUGUCCGAUGGGAGGUCAUUGCCGAAGGCGAAACCAAGGAAAUAGAAAGUCAAGGCUUCAUUCCAGGCUUUGAGAUAGCCUCAGAAAUGAGUGGCUGUAAGCAGCGUCAUACCUUACCAGAAUAUGGUGUGUUUCGGGAGAUGGUCAAUGACUCUAGCAGUAACAGUGAAGUUGAGGAUGAUAAGGAGGAAGAUGAAGAGGGAGAGGAGGACUGUGAUGAUGCGGAUAAAGACAAGGAAGAGGAAGAAGAUUAUUAUGAAAUGUAUAUGGAAAGGGAGCUACAGGACAAGUUCACUGAAUCUGGCCAGUAUGAGGCAAAGGAGGGAACCAGCUCAAUGGUCAUGAAAAUUCAGAAGCAGACUCAUUACGUGGAGAAAAAACUCCAAGAGAUUCAGUGCAAAGCACAAAGACAGAAGAAGCUCAUUAUGAAAGUGGAAAACCUAAUGCUCAAGAGUCAUUUACAGUCUGUGCUGGAGCAGCUUAAGCUACAGGAAAAACAAAAAAAUGAGCAGCUCAUUUAUCUACGGAAAAGACUGAACUAUUUUCUGAAGAAGUGAGGAGAACCUUCAGCCUGGCACACAAACCUUGGCUUCACCAUCCAGACUGAAGACCUAGAUGAAAUUGUACCUGUUUCUUC